AUGGCGGACCACAAAGAUGGCAUUUCUCAGGAGCAUCGGAGAACUAGUGUACUCUUCGCCGAUGAGUCCAAACGCAAGGCCAGUGUAGCUCAACUGACGUCCAACACCAGCGGAGAAGUCCGCAAUCCUCUCGUUGGCAUUCCGCGCGAGCAGAUGCUUCAAGAUGUCGAGAACUUCGCCAACGAGAACGAGCUGACCGACAUUCUGCCCCUCUUGAAAAAGGGUGCCCUGGUUGCUCAGAGUCCCCAUGCUAUCGAGCAUAUUCCCGAACUGGACGAGACCGACCGUGUAUUGCUCCGUGAGGAAGUCACUCAUCGCUGGAGACACCCCAAGACUCUCUAUUUCACCAUCAUCCUCAACUCGAUCGCUGCAGCCAUUCAGGGCUGGGAUCAAACAGGUUCCAAUGGCGCCAACUUGACCUUCCCGAUCGCCUUCGGUAUUCCUGACUCUGGCCCGGUUUGUCAAGCCAAAGGCAACUGCGAAGCCAACUCGUGGCUCAUUGGUUUCAUCAACUCCUGCCCUUACAUCGCCAUCGCCUUUUUUGCGGGAUGGAUAUCCGAUCCCUUGAACGAUGUCCUCGGCCGUCGUGGAACCAUUUUCGUUGGUGCCAUCUUCUCCCUCCUCUCGCCUAUCGGUUCAGCCUGCACUCAACACUGGGGCCAAUUGGUCGCAACUCGUAUUCUGUUGGGUAUUGGCAUGGGUCUCAAAGAAGUGACGGUCCCUGUCUUCUCGGCCGAAAACUCCCCAACAAACAUCCGUGGCGGUCUCGUCAUGUCCUGGCAAGUUUGGACCGCGUUUGGUAUCUUUUUGGGUACUUGCGCCAAUCUGGCGGUCAAGGACACUGGUGACAUAGCAUGGCGCCUUCAACUGGGCUCUGCCUUUAUUCCAGCUGUGCCCUUGGUCCUUGGUAUCUGGUUCUGCCCCGAGUCUCCUCGUUGGUUGAUGAAGAAAGGUCGCCACGCCAAAGCCUACCGAGCUCUCCUCCGACUCCGGAGAAGUCCUCUACAAGCUGCUCGAGAUCUUUACUACAUUCAUGCACAACUUGUCCAGGAAGAUAUUCUUGUCGAGGAGUCUGCGGUUGCCACUCACGGCAACAUUGUCACCCGCUUCAUUGAACUGUUCACCAUCCCACGUAUUCGACGCGCAACUCAAGCUUCGGGUAUCGUCAUGAUUGCGCAGCAGAUGUGUGGGAUCAACAUUAUAGCCUUCUACUCAUCCACUGUCUUCUCGAAUGCAGGAGCGAGCGUGACUGGCUCGUUGCUCGCAUCCUGGGGCUUUGGUCUGGUCAAUUUCCUCUUUGCCUGGCCCGCGGUCUGGACGAUCGAUACUUUUGGCCGAAGAGCCUUGUUGCUCUUUACAUUCCCCAACAUGUGCUGGACGCUGUUAGCCGCAGGAUUUUGCUUCUGGAUCCCCGAGAGCAGCUCCGCCCAUCUCGGUCUCAUUGCGCUGUUCAUUUUCUUGUUCGACGCGUUCUACUCGCCUGGCGAAGGACCUGUACCGUUUACCUACUCGGCCGAAGUGUUCCCGCUGUCCCAUCGUGAAGUUGGCAUGUCCUGGGCCGUGGCCACCAAUAACUUCUGGGCUUCGGUCUUGUCACUUACAUUCCCGCGUAUGCUCCAAGCCAUGAGACCACAGGGUGCAUUUGGAUUCUACGCUGCACUCAACAUCAUCGCGUUCGUCAUGAUCUUCUUGUGGCUUCCAGAGACCAAACAACGAACCCUCGAAGAAUUGGAUUACGUCUUUGCGGUGCCCACCCGCACACAUAUGCAUUAUCAACUCAACCAGGUCAUGCCAUAUUGGAUCAAGACUCAAGUUCUUCGGCGCAAGGGCCUUACUCCUCCACAGCUGUACAAGUUCGAUUCGGAUGAGUUGAACUUUGUCGGCUCUGAUCACGAGGAGGUCACCGAGAAGUCGGCUGAAGCUUGA